AUGCUGAAGAUCGGUAAGAAACAACACAGCUCUUUGUCACAUUCCGUAAAGGGUAGACUAUCUUUGGAAAGAGGAAACUAUUUCGGCUCAAAUAUUCUGACUUGUUCAAUCCAUACUCUGAAGAGACCCGUCGUUUAUUCACACAUGCGUAGAGGGGUCAAUAUUGCCUUGUUUUCGGGAUUAAUUCUUGGUGUUUCGUACUACGCAAUGACCAACAAUGCCCUGCGUGCAGAUUCUAACGGUGCAAGUAUGUCAACUAUCACCAACCCAUUUAGUUCCAACGCUAAGACCCCGGGAGAGCAGCACUUUUUCUCUACAACCACAACCAACUCUCUCAACUCUGGAGGUCCUUCGGCCCAGCAACACAAGCAAGGGAUCCCUGUUUUCACCGACAAAGAGGUGAACAAGAGAUUGAGACAGUACGAAGAGAGUUACUAUGUUAACAGAGGUAAAGGUGUGUACAGAUACGAUAUUUCCCAAUUGCCAAGUAACAAUCCGAUUGAGGACGAUCGUGCUGAGAAAAUAGUCCAAGUGCCGGUCCAAGAUGUUUACAGCAACAAUGAAAAGGUGGAGGCCGAUUGGCAUUUCUGGACCGUGUUUGACGGUCAUGCAGGGUGGAACACCUCUGCUUAUUUAAGAGACAACUUGAUUGACUAUGUGAUCUCCGAGCUGAAUGGGGCUUAUAAAGUGAGCGAGAAAAAUCUUCGUCUUAUACCAUCCAACGAGGUCAUUGACAAGGCAAUCAAGCAGGGAUUUGUCAAGCUAGACGAUGAGAUUGUCAACAAAAAUGUUCAGAAACUUCUUGACUCGUCCAAUAAGAAUGCAGCAGCAGAGCUGCUUAUGCCUGCAUUAUCAGGUUCGUGUGCAUUGAUGUCUUUCUAUGAUACGCAUAGUAAGAUAUUGAAAGUGGCAGUCACAGGCGAUUCAAGAGCUUUGCUUGGGUCUCUGAAUGAAGAAAGUCACAACUGGACGGUUGAGGUGUUAUCCGUCGAUCAGACAGGUUCCAAUCCAACAGAAGUUGCCAAGUUAUUGAGUGAGCAUCCUAAUGAACCGAAUGUUGUACGUAAUGGGCGUAUUUUAGGAUCGUUAGAGCCAUCUAGAGCAUUCGGUGACGCACGUUAUAAGUGGGCAAAGGAUAUGCAAGCCAAAGUAUACAAUCAGUUUUUCGGACGCCAGUCACCUGCAAACUUGAAGACCCCUCCUUAUGUCACUGCUGAACCAAUCAUAACCACACAUGAAGUCAAUCCAACCAAGAAUGACUUUAUGGUCAUGGCAUCGGAUGGUCUUUACGAAAUGUUAUCCAAUGAAGAGAUUGUUGGUCUAGUGGUAAAAUGGAUGGAAUCCAAGAAAAUGGUAAAGCCGAAGAGGGGCAUAUUCAGCUCAGUAUGGACGAGUUCUAAAGAUAAAAAAUUACCGGAAGUUGUUGAUGUUUCUGAUAAGGCUGGUAACCCAAAGCAAAGAUACAGAAGAACGAGCAACAUGACUGGCUAUCUGCUGGAAGACGAAAACGUUGCAACACAUUUGAUUCGUAACGCGUUGAGUAAUGGAGGGAAGAAGGACGAUGUCAAUCUGCUGGUAAGUAUUCCAUCCCCGUUGAGUAGACGGUACAGAGAUGAUUUGACAGUUACUGUUGUCUUUUUUGACGAUCAUGAGAAGAUCACUGGAUCGGCUAACGGAAUGUUGGAGAUCAACAGAGCCGCCACUGCCGGAGGUUUAGAUGAAAACGUCCGCUCGAAGCUAUAA